AUGUGGUUUGCUUGUGCAAGGCCGUACGUUGCCCUAAAAAAAAUUGUUCUGGGUAGUUUUUUGCGGUGAUAACUGAAAGCUAACGUGCGCUUACGUCAAAUGAAACGUGCUAAUGUUUGCGGCACUGACGGGUUAGCCGAGUUAGCUCCUCUUGCUUUAAACUCUGUAUUGAGCUGCUGUUGUAAAUACAUCAAAAACCAAUGAUGUGACGACGAUACGACGCUGUAGAAGCUGACAGGGCGAAUGUUAGGUAUCUAUCGAGAUUGAUUAGAAGAUCGCGUUUGCCGAAGAGCAAUAAACCUGAGAAUGACAUACAGAAGAGAAAGAGGUAUACGAGAAGUGUAUGAAGAGCGCUUUUUGCCAGAAAGACCAGGACCGUAUCCCCGGGUAGCUGGAGGCGUCGAGAGGAGAGGCCCUUUCAGCAGGCCGGAGGACGAGUAUGGGCGUGGCGGGUACGAAUAUGAAGGAGGUCCCCGUUUUUACCCCAACGGAGGCGGCCCCCGGGGUUACCAUGACGAUCAGAGGGGCUACCAAGUGGAGGGCCAUCACUUUCCCGAACGCAGAGCUAUCCCACCGGCACGAAGGGAAGACUUUCCCUACAGAGUACCGAGAGAAGACCCUCACGCGGGGCGACCUUUGGAGUUUGGGGCUCGUGUACCUCCACCUCCCAGUGUACGAAGCCAGGGCGUCUAUCCAGCACCCAGAUCGCUCCCAGAAAGCGGGGAAGACACGUUAGUCCAAGCCAUCCGCAACCUGGACAGAGGGGAGGACAGAGAUCCUUACAGGAGGAAGGCGGCCCUGUUCCCUCCCCUAAGAGAGCGCUCCCCCGUCCGCCGUGAGGUGGCCCGCUCCCCUCACAGUCGCUCCGGCUCCAGUGUGAGCAGCAGAAGCUACUCGCCAGACCGAGCCAAGACUCUGCCUUUUCCAGCACAGCAAGGCAAGAAUUUGGACGCUCCAGAGGGUCACGCAGGUGUUUCUGAACACCUCUGGGGGGCGCUCUUUCCUCAGAGUGGACAUGAACCUUUAGGGUACGAAGAAACUUAUUCUCAGUGCAAGAUAAUCGACAAAAUUCCCGGCUUGUCUCGAGAAGGCUCCCCACAGAGUGGAACAUCCAACAAGGAGGAGAGCAAUCCUCCGGAGGCGGAGAAGGAGGACCCAGUCGUCGCGCCCGUCAUCGAAGAGGCCAAAAAGUCGGCCGAGAACAUCGAAGAGCGGCGACUCAUGGCCAUCUCAGCCAAAGCCAAGGAGAUAGAAAAGGUCUACAGGCAGGAUUGCGAGACAUUCGGAAUGGUGGUCAAAAUGCUGGUGGCGAAGGAUCCCAGCCUGGAGAAACAGCUGCAAGUCCCCCUCAGAGAGAAUCUCGGGGAGAUACGCGAGCGCUGCCUGGAGGACCUCAAACACUUCAUCAAAGAGCUGGACGAGGAGGUCCGGCUGCCAGAUUCCACCGUCUGUGACUCCGCCACCGCUGCCGUGGCCCAGAAACUCUUAAAGACCGCAGUGAACCACAGCUCGUCUUUCUGAUUCGUCCUGUCCAAAUCCGCUCCAGUCGGGACCAGAUUGGGGUUUUUUGGACUGAACGGCAGAAAUUUAGGAUUGCUGGACUGACUAAACAUACUGUAGGCCACAGCGACCUAAGGAACUCACCACAGGAGUGAACAGUGUUAUUUUUGAAUGGAUUUCCUUCAGGUUUUCUAUGGAAAAUGUAAAAAAAAAAUAUUCUAACGGUUGUUUGUUUUGCUUAAAUGUAAAAAAAAAAAAAAAAAUAUUUAAAAAUGACAAGUCUCCAUGGCUCCCAUGAUGUUUUCAAUCACACAUCUCACAUUUUGUAAGUUUUUGUUUUCUGCUAUGUGAAUUGAAUUUUGAAUUCAUUCAGACGUGUGUGUGUGUGUGUGUGUGUGUGUAUGAGUUGGUGCUACAAAUGGAAAAACCUAAAACGUCAUAAAUUUGUACUGUAUAGAAAUAUUUGAAUUUGACCCUUUUUUUUUCGUCUUCUCGUUCUGCUUCUUCUAAAUUUCAAAUCUGUCAUCCGUUUCUGGGAAGAAGGGGGAAAAAAAACAGCUUGAAUCUUUUUCAUCUUUAUAGAAAUCACCUAUAAAUUACAUAAUAUACAAGGACGCAGAUCCUUCCACAAGUAGAUGUACAAGAUUUUUUUUUAUAGAAUAGGACUUGGUGACCUCAGAUUGCCACAGUUGGCUUUUUUUUUUUUUUUAUGUUUUAAUCAUUGCUCUGACUAGAUAUGGGUGAGUUUGUGCUCUAGUAGCUACUUUGUGCCUUGCAGGAAUUUCAUGUUCUUAGGUCUUUCCCAUUUUGAAGUGUGUCUAAUAGAAAAAAAGCCUAUGUGAUAUUUAUACCUCAGGGAAACAAAGUUAUGGAAUACUAACUGAAAGUUCCUAGACAUGUUGAUUUGCCUAAAGUAAAUAUUAGAAAAAAAAAUGUUUUGGUUAUACUUGGUUUCAUAAAAAUCCUCGUCUUUUCUUCUUUUAGCUUUUAUCUUGCUCUUAAGUAUGGGCAUGCAACUAACUCCCUGUAAGUAUUUUGUGAAUUAUGAACAUCAAGGGACAUCUGCCUGAGUGAUUUGGCAUGUUCUCUCUCUUUCAUUUUGAGGAACUCCUAAAAUAAAUACGUCUGUCACAUUAUGUAUACACCAGG